UGAGUUUUCUGAUCUUCAUCCAUGGCUUCCAUUCCAGCAUCUUUUCUCCUCCUCUUCGUCUCCAUUUCCGCCACUGCUUACACCAUUUUCUCAGCAACGGUCAUAGAGGAUCUCGCGAACUUGAAACCGCCUCCUAAUUUCAACGCCACCAUCACCAACAACUGCCUCCACAACCCAUCUCUAAGAUACUGCAACUCCCCCGCUAUGGACCUCCACGAGAUCUUCCGAUUCACCAUUGUUGCCAGCCAUCUCUGCAACGAGUCAAAGAACCCUAAUUGCGUGGAAACCUUCUCCGAAAUCGACCUCCGAAACCGCCCUAAGAUCGUACCGCUUUACUUGUCCUUCAGUUUCUUCUGGAAGUACUGUCCCUUAAGCAUCGUAUCCAUUGAUCUCUCCAACAAUUCUAUCAAAGGAAGUUUUCCCGCUGACGUUCUGCUCUGUACCCAAAUCCAGGCUUUGGAUUUAAGCCGCAAUGAGUUUUCCGGUGACGUCCCGAUACAGAGUUUUUCUCCCCUGUCCAACCUUACCCUUCUCAAUCUAUCCUUCAAUCAUUUCUCGGAGAGUAAACUCUCGGAUUCUGAGUUCUUCAAACGGUUUAAUUCUUCCAGUUUUAUUCAUUCCGGUCUCCUCCCAAGUCGAAAAAGGUUUCGUCUGAAUGCUGUGAUAUUACUGCUCUGUUUUCCAAUCUUCAUCGUCUUGAUAGUGGGAGGAUUUUGGUGGUGCUGUCUCCAAAGGCCAGAUUUUCUUCCAAGAAUGUGCAGAAGGCACAGGUUCACUCCUUACAUGUUGAAGGCUGCUACUGAUGAAUUUUCAAAGAAGAAUUUGGUGGGGAAGAGUGAUGGCAUUGCCAUUUACAGAGGAAUCCUGAGGGAUGGUUUUAAAGUGAGGAUUGAGAUCUAUUGGAAGAACAUUUCCGGGGAGAACCGGCGGAAAUUCGCGGAGGAAUGUAAGGUUAUUGUUCAGUUAUGUCACAAGAACUUGCUUCGAGUCUACGGUUGGUGUAAUGACAGGAAAUUGAGGGCCAUUGUUGCAGAAUGGACGGAAGAAGAGAGCAACGUGGAGAUAUGGAUAUCAGGGUCUGCUCCGCCGUGGAAGCGGAGAUUGAAAGUACUCAAGGGAGUUGCAGAAGGCAUGCUUUAUUUGGAAGAGCAGUGGCCUGAUAUAGGAUACGAUCUGAGAACAAGUACUGUUCUGUUGUCUAAUAAUCAGGAACCUCUAAUCUCGAGGUUUAAGGUUGGAGAUCGAAGCAACAUCACGAAGAGAAUUUGUUUGUUUGGAUUAUUUCUGCUAGAGAUCAUGACAAAUACAAAGCCAUUGGAAGGGUUUGAGGAAAGGUUUGUUGAAUUCAUCAGGGCGCAUUAUACUGGAAAUCUGCAGGCGGUCAUUGAUGAAAGAAUGAAAAUGACAGAAAAUACGUUUGAUCAAGCAAAACAGACAAUAGAGAUUGGAUUAAUGUGCACAGAACAAACAAGAAGUCAUCAGCAGCCGAGCUUGUAUGAGAUAGUAAACAUUAUGACUAGAAUGUUGGCACCUCAGAACCAUAAGAGAUCAUCCCAUUGUGAAGGAGGUAGAGCUCACAGAGCUAUUAUUUAGCCAAGAUAAAUAUUUGAACUUGCAUGAGUGAAAGACAUGAAUAUGUAUUUUGUUACGUGAUUCUUAAACACUCCUUUUUCUUGGCCAAAAAGUAAUAUUUUAUUUUGUUUGUACAAGGAAAUGAAGCCAUGUUUAUUG